AUCCGGAUGCGAGACGGACUGCGAGUGUGUUUCAUAAAUUUCCAUUCGUACGUACCGAGUUUGCUGGAGAGCUGUGCAAUUAAUCCACGCGGCUUGGCGUAGCCCCGGGUGCUGCAAACGUCUCUCUCGCGUGCGAAAAGCGUCCGAGGGUUGCGCGUGCGCCCGGCGGGCGGCCGCAUCGGCGGCAGAGCGGCCGCGGCGGGCCGCCCUCGGCCGCCAGUUGUAAUCGGGACGCCGAGGCGGCGGUCGCGCGCGCCUCUCUCACCCUGAACGCUGACGACGCUGCGCAGGUGGAUGGCGUGAACGUGAGCCUCAACGGCAGUGGCCGCUGGCCUCCGGAGGCGGCCGAGGCGCUGCCCCCAGACGCGGCGCUGCUUGCCGUGGUAGCCAAGGCGGCGGCCAUGGCCGCCGUCAUGGUGGCCGCCGUGCUCGGCAACGCGCUGGUCAUCGCGAGCGUUGCGCGCCACAGGAGGCUCCGCGUCAUUACGAACUAUUACGUGGUGUCUCUGGCCAUGGCGGACAUGUUGGUGGCCCUGCUGGCGAUGUCGUUCAACUUCAGCGUGCACCUGAGCGGCGGUCGGUGGCAGUUCGGGCCGAUUUGGUGCGACGCGUGGAAUUCGUUCGACGUCUACUUCAGCACGGCCUCGAUUCUGCAUCUGUGCUGCAUCUCUGUGGACCGCUACUAUGCCAUCGUGCGCCCUCUCGAGUACCCGUUGAUCAUGACCACCAGGACGGUCGGCUUCAUGUUGGCCGGCGUGUGGCUGCUGCCCGCGUUCAUCUCCUUCCUGCCAAUCUUCCUCGGCUGGUAUGCGACAUCAGAGCACCUGGAGUGGAAGGAGUCGCACCUGGACGAGUGCGUGUUCGAGGUGAACAAGUGGUACGCAGUGGUGUCGUCCGGCGUGUCCUUUUGGAUCCCGGCCACCGUGAUGGUGCUCAUGUACCACCGGGUCUACAAAGAGGCGGUGCGCCAGCGUAGGGCGCUCUCGAGGACCUCGUCCAACAUCCUGCUCAACAGCAUCGUCGUCCGCAGGGCCAACCAGCACCCGGGCCACCGGCAGAUGCGCCCCCUGCCCGAAGAGGAUGCCAACGAGUCCGAUCAGGACCACAGGGACGCCACUGCCGUCCCCCUGCACAGUGUUGAACGUCCCGAAGCUGUGAUACCAACCAGCAGUCUCAAGUCUGGUUCCACAAGAAGAGGCGGCAUCGGAGGCAACAUCUCCAUGUCCACCAUGUACUACGGAGCUGCUUCCGCCUCCGCCGCCGCCACCCAGCUCAACAGCACGACGAACGGUGCCGCCAAAGAGAAGAGCCAGACGAGCUGGAAAAAAGAGCACAAGGCUGCACGCACGCUGGGCAUCAUCAUGGGCGCCUUCAUCCUGUGCUGGCUGCCCUUCUUCCUGUGGUACGACAUCACCAACCUGUGCGGGGACGCGUGUCCGUGUCCGCCCGUGGUCGUGGACAUGGUCUUCUGGGUAGGCUACUUCAACUCGGCGCUCAAUCCGCUCAUUUACGCGUACUUCAACCGCGAGUUCCGCGAGGCCUUCCGCAACACGAUCCUCUGGGUGUUUCCGUGCUGCCAGCGGCCCUCGGCCACGCCCACCACCUUCCUUUGACCAAUCAAAAAUCAAGCGACUGACUUCUUCGAGAGACGAGUGAAUGAUGCUGCUACUGUUGCCAAACGCACUGUCGGUGAGAAUGUUGGCUCGAAUGAUAGAGUGACGGACCGAAAGGAGCGCGCGCGUUUUUAGGUGUUAAUUGAUGAAAAAAAAGAAGAAAAUAAACGACGUUGUAAAAAGCAAAAAAUUAUAUGAAUCACACAAAAAAACAUAAACUUCACAAAAAAUGUGCAACAUUUACUUAAAGGUCUGCAACGCCCCAGCUUGAAAUAUAAAUCGAAUUGAUAAUUUCUGUCUUGGGUUUUGCAGCUCUUUAAAACGUUACUGAUUGAUUGAUUAAAUAUUAAUUGUAUAAUUAAAUAUUGAUUGUUGUUGGUGAAACCAGUACCCGUGUGGGUCACAUAGUAUACCAAAACAGAGUAUUGAAGUCUCUAUCUCUCUAUAUUCACACAUACACACACAAUUGAACAAAAGAAAAGUUAUUUAAGAAAGAAAAAAAUCAAGCCGAUUCUCAGAGGGUUUUAUUUUUCAUAUUCGCUCAAUCUCUUUGCGUACAAACCUAGGUGUAUUUUAUCAUGAGUGUGAUUUUAUGGGCAAACAAACUCACAUGUUUACUCUCACUAAUGUUAAUAAUUGUUUGACGAAAGUAUGUGUUGAGUUUUACGUGGUUCAUAAUUAUAGUUGAGGGCGCAUGAGCAGAUACUCACAAAUCACCUAGUUGCGCAAAACUGCAGUUUUAUGUAGACAAUUUUCUCGUAGGGACGUUAACUGUGUAACACACUCAUCAAGACUUUGGUUGCGAGUUUAAAUUAAGACCCUUCCGGUAGCAAAAAAUGGGAGCAUUUUAAAGUUAACUGGAAAUGUUUGAAGUAUGCAACCUGCUGGACAUUAAUGUGAAUCCGGUUGCCUAUCUUUAAUGCACCAAAAUAAUAUCUAACUUGGAAGAUUUUUUUGCUCAACGAAGGGUCUUCUUUGCAAAUUUAUCUCCAGUUAUAAAAGAUGUCUGCAGCCGCAAAAAUGCUUAUUCUAUAUUUGAAAAAUCGGCAAGCCUAUUUUUAUCACUAGUCAAGAGCUCGCCAUAGAGGAUAUUUUAUCUUCAUUAUUGUGUUCGUUCUUCUCGGAGCUUUACUUUUCCUACUGCAACUCAUUUUAUUUAAGCCUUGGAAACAAUUAAAAAUGUUUUUGUUGACGAUAAAAGGAGAGACAAAAGCUGUUAGCAAUAAGUGGAAAUUAAUUAGGACGCGAACGGCGUUCUCGCGAGUUUAUUAAGAAAAAAAGGAAAAUUAAGAAUUCUCUGCGCUCGCAGAACCCAAGGAGUUUUGCUGUUGUUGAUGCGAUGUUCGGUGUUUCCAACAAUUGGAGGUGAAAAAUAUUACUUGGCCUGUCGGUGUAUUUUGUGUCCACACGAAUAUCUACAUACAUGUCAACGUGCAUGUAUUCAAUGGUUAAUUAUUAAGUAUAUGAUUGCUGUAAGUGGCACUGGAGGGAUACACAAGUGAGUGGAAUUGAAAAAUGACGAAAAUAUUAUCAAUAAACCAGGCGCAGUUUUUGUUUUAAAUUCGGAAUUAUUAUUUUCAAACUGAACCCUUCAGUGCUCACCUCUCUCUGUACCUUUCAAUGAUCUUGGGUUUUUUUACUUUGAUAGGUAGACAAGUCCUGAAGAUUAGGGUGUCAGUAUUGUUUCACUUUAGCAGCCAUUUUUACGAGAUUCAUGUUAAAAACCAUUGAACAAAAAUAUCUCCAUUUAUAUUAUUUUUAAGACUUUAUUAUUUUUAACGCGAGUCGUAUUGAAUAAAAAGCAUUUUUUUAUUGUUGCCGCGCAUUUUUGUUUGGCUACUCAUGAUAAAAAUAUAUUCUCGGUUCCUUGCAGAUUUUGAUAUUGCUAACAUUCUUCAUUAUUUGCUGAAGCUUUUCUAAAUGAGAAUAUAUAUUACAUAUUUUAACUCUUGAUAUAGCCCGAGUCCCUUUGAUUGUGAUAUAGAAAGACGAGAUGAACAAUAAAGCAAAAACAU